AUGUAGAGAAUAAUAUUAGCUGAUAGAUAAACUAGAAAUAUAGGGUCAAAUGCUUCGAUUAUCUUGAAUUACGAAUAAAUCUCAAGUGUAAAUGGGUUUCUAUAACCUGGUGCUACUUGUCCUAUUGCAGCAGGAAUUAAAAAUGAUCCGAUCAUACAGCAUAUAUUAAGAAACAUUAUAUCUUUCCAAAAGAACAUAAAAAUAGCUGAAACUAUCCCGGUUCCACAACAUAGUAACCAAAAGCCUAAAAACGAAUUUAUGUUGUACCCAAAAAAUAUGUAAAGCAAGACUCCUAGCAUGUAACCCCCAAUUAAAGCUAGUAGUAAUUAACCAGCUCUUUUAAUCUUUACCAUCAAAAUUCCAAUAUUUGUUCCAAACAAAAGCGAUAAAAGAAUUACCACGAAUCCAGGCCACACCUUUGCUUACUUAUUAAAAUAAGGUGUCUAAUAUAAUCCGAUCCAAAUGGGAAAAACAGGAAUAAAUAAGCCUGCCAGAUAAAUGCUAGCUCUUUUAAAUCUAAAGCCAAAAAAGCAAAAGAAUAUCCCUAUGGCAAGCAUAGUAAUCAUUAAUGGAACUCUAACACUUUUGAAAAAUAUCCAGAAAUGCCCAAUUGAUGAAGUUUCACAAGCCACAUCAUGUGCUCCUUUAAUAAAAAUCGUGCAAGACAAGUCUUGGUUCAUUUUUGCAUUCUCCAUCUAAAAGGAAUUCUGA